AUGAGCGGAUAUCUCGGUAACAUUCCCCUGCCCCCAACGUUGUUGCACGACCCGAAGUACCCUCCAGCCAUGCGGGAGAAAGACUCGAGUCCAAGAAAAAUGCCGGGCCACAUCAGCCCGAAGCAAGCCAGCAUCUAUCCGUUGAGCGUUCGCGUGCCGGACGUUGAAGAAUUGCCAUACGAUUUGAGCCACGGCCACGGUCGUGGCCUGUCGAGUCCCACGAAUCAACAGCAACACCGGCAACAGCCCCAUAUGAGUCCGGCGGCUAGACCGCCUCAAUCUCAUCAUCAGGAGGAUCUCGACUGCGAACCGUUGGAUCUUCGCGUCGAUCACAAGAAGGAAAGACUCACGGACGAGAAUCAGAACGAGAUAGAGGUUCUGAACCAAAAUAGUCUCGGCGGAAGUCUUCCCUAUCAUACGGUUCUGUUUCCUCAGCAUCAUGCCGUUCAUCCGUUGGUCCUCGAAGCCAUGUACCGGUCGCACCAUCACAGUUCGUCGGUUCCAGAUCUACCUAAAAUCCAAGUGCGGGCGUUACCGACCAUGGUACCACUGCCACCGAACAGAUUCUCCUCCACCACGUCCUCCACGUCGUCCUCUUCCUCUCAGGCUGCCGCGAGAGUCCCGAGUCCCUCGGGUGGCCAGCAACAUCAGCCACAACAACAAAGUCACUCGAGUCAACAACCGCAGCAACAGCAGCAGCAACAACAACAAGCUUCCAAUCUUCCACCUUACUCCAUCAGCGUUCAAGCCGGUCUAAAGCCGAAGGACAGAUACUCGUGCAAGUUUUGCGGCAAAGUGUUCCCCAGAUCGGCGAACCUGACGCGGCACCUGAGGACGCACACCGGCGAGCAGCCGUACAAGUGCAAGUACUGCGAGAGAAGCUUCAGCAUCUCUAGCAACCUUCAACGUCACGUCAGGAAUAUCCACAACAAGGAAAAACCGUUCAAGUGCCCGCUGUGCGAACGAUGUUUCGGACAGCAGACCAACCUGGACAGACACUUGAAGAAACACGACGCCGAUGGCCCAACGAUACUGGACGAGGUUAGAUCGAGGUACCACGGACAAUUGCCGAGAGCGGACGAGUCUUACUUCGAAGAGAUUCGCAGUUUCAUGGGCAAGAUCACCUCGCAGAGACAAGGAAUACCGUACUUCCCUGGUCUGCUGGGUCAUGGAGGGGACGAUUUCAGGAACGACAAGCAACAACUUCAGCUGGAAGAGAAGAGAGGCGAUUCUUCCUACUUCAGCGACAGGGAUAACCUGAGCUCGAGGUCGAGCAGCACCGCCAGCAGACCCGAGAGCGUGCAAGAGGAUCAACGAGAAGUUAAUUCUCCGCCAUUGUCCCCUGGAAAUAACACUUGA